CGUGUAGCCUGCAUCAAUCCUCCUUUGAUUCUUUUACUUCUUGGAAUCUGCUGUGCGUCUUUGUGAAACUUACAAGGACCCAUUCGUGGAAUAAAAUUAAGGACUUCAGCACAGUAUGGCAACACGACGAUGUUUGAUUUGCGUACGGGCAGCCCGUCCCACCCUUCUAUUACAAUCGAAUACUAGACGCUCUAUGCCUGGAAAUAGCAAAAGACACAACUCGUCGGAGGCAUUGGCAGACUGGGAACAACAGCUCGCAAAGCCCUCCUGGUCUGUCCAAUCGCUUUUACCCUCCGACACCCAGCCUACCGACGCGCCAAAGAUUUCAUCGAAGCAACUUCACCACCUCCUACGACUGUCUGCAUUGCCGUUGCCAGCUAGUGCCGAAGAAGAGACCAAAAUGCUAGAUACACUCUCCUCACAACUACAUUUUGUUCGCGAAAUCCAGGAGGUGGAUACCCAAGGAGUGCAACCACUGCGAGCAAUAAGAGACGAAACCUCCGCCGCAGGGAAAGAGCAGGAAAUCACCAUGGAGACCUUGAAAGAUGCAUUGGCUCAAGAAGAUAUCAUUGGGAAGCAUCACAAGCGGAUUCGACGAAGGACGGACAAAAUUGAUGCUAAGGAUGCGGAAGAUUGGGAUGUCCUCGGAUAUGCAGAACGCAAAUCCGGCAAGUAUUUCGUCGUCGAUAGUGGGAAGUCAUGAUGCCCUUCAUCUCACUCAAUUUCACUGUUCUCAUUGCUCAAGUCUCCUUUGCCAAUUAUUGGAUCCAUCAAAGUUUAUGCUUUCCAUGGACACCCAACCACGGACCUAAUAAAUUGGAGGUGGAGGUCCGAGAUCGCUUGCGG